AUGCGGCUGCCGCUGAGAGGGACCGAAGUGAACAAGAAGCCGCUGCUUCGGUCCCACCGGGCUGAGUUUCGCGUCUCUCAGCAACCAGGUCAGGCCGCCUCCCUCGGGGCGAGCGCGCGCGCGGGGGGGGGGGUGAAACUGGUGAGGCGGAGAGACCCGGAUGGUGCGGCGGGUGAGAGGAGGGGGCCGGGGGAAGGAGCGCGGAGAGGGAGAGAGCGCGAACAAGAGAAGGAGGGGGGAGGUAUUAUAUCCCCAUGUGACCUGCGCGUGCGGGAGCGGGAGGGGGAGAGGAGGAGGCUCGCGCGCCUCGUUCGAAUCCCAGCUGCUGAACCGAAAGGUGCGGCGUGCGCGUGCGCGGCGACGUAACCGCUCCUUUCCCUCAGCCAUUGACCAUUUUGCUCUCCCUCCUUUCUGUCCGUCCGCCCUCCCAUUUUCCACGUGCGCGGGGGAGCGCGCACGGCGUACUGCGGGCGCUGUUGUGUAUAUACAGUAUAUCUAGGACACGCGGACACGUGCGCGACGCUUCCGCCAUGUUGGGGCUCGCAGGCGGCAGGGGGAGGGGUGUGCGCGCGCGUUGAGGUGGGAGUUCUCGCGAGGUCAGCCCUAGUUCCCGUGGGAGCUGGCCGGAGGCAGGAUGGCGGCGCUGCGCUGAGAGUGAUGGGUAAUAAUGGUAACGGGCAACCGGGAAGCGAGGUGGGUGGGAGGGGGAGAGAGAGAGGGAGGGGGCGGCGCGCCGUGAGCUCCUUUAGGCCCGGCCUCUUUAAGUCCGUCGACGCGCGUGGGGGCGGGGCUGAACGUCACGGGGAGUUAGACCUGCGAGAGUUUUGUGCGCGUCGGGCUCCUCCCCUCCCCCCUGCAAUUUCACCACAGUCAAAACUGCCGCUCCGUGGCGCCCCCCCCCCCCCACCGCGCCUCAGGUUCUCACCACAGGUUCCCACAUAGUCUUGAGGGCGCCCCCAUGUCAUCUUUUUAUUGAUGCUCCUUGGGACAGCCCACUUGGCUCCUCAGCCCUUUAAAACCGUUCCAUGGAACCUCUUCCCGCAAAGUUCGACCACCUCCAAUGCCCACCUUUGGUUCAAAAUACGUUAGUCAGGGCCACAUGGCUACUUCCGACUUGCCUUAGUUGAGUAUCUUACAGUAGUGGGUGUUAUGUGCUAAAGGACUUGUAACUGACGGGAUCAGCUCUGGGAGACAAUUUGGCCUGCAAGGCAAGUUCCUUAGGAAAACUAGACCCAGCAAAAUAAACACCAUGAAACAGCCCUAAUUUGGAGCCCUGUUUGCCAAUCCUGUUCUCUGCUGCACUGCCUCACAAGUUUGGUUAUCAAACUUUUUUUUUUUUUUUUUAAGCCCGUAAGGUAUUCUAGCAAAGGUAAGCAGGCUGGCAGAGUACAUUAUUGUUAGUUUCUGAAAGCAUAUUUUGCACCACUUGCUGUUGACUGCUGAGCAGGAUAUUACCCACAGUAGAUUUUAUGUAGAAAACGAAGGGAGCCUGUGGCCCUCCAGAUGUUACUGUGUUACAACACCCUGGCCAUGCUGACUGAGCCUGAUUCGAGUCCAGGAACAUCUGCAGAGCCACAUGGUUCUACUUGUAGUCACCAUUUUCUUUGAUGAAAUGGGCUUUUGCUUGCAAAGUACAUGCUGCAAUACAUUUACAAAUCUUUGCCUUAGGUGCCGCUUGUGCAGGGUUGUGCAUUCCUCUGUAAACUUGCACAGUCAACUUGGUUUGUCCUGGAUUGUUUGAAUCUCCUUUUCUCUUUGGUGAUCACUCGUAAGAUUACCUUCCAUGAACACGGUCUUAACAGUGAGUUCGUAAGUGAUUGUGGAGGUCAAUUCUGGAUCCACAUGUCCUUCCACUUCCUCUUAGCACAUUUCUCCCUUUCGUCCUGAGUUCAAGCAUCUUCAAAGUCCAUUACACCUUUUGGUAAAGGCUGUUCUCCAGUUAGAGCUCUCGCAGGCCAGUGUUUCCCAGUUGUUUGUGUUUAUACUACAUUUUUUUUAGAUUUGCCUUGAGAGAGUCCUAAAACCUCUUUUGUUGACCACCGGUAUAACACUUUCCAUUUUUAAGCACUAUCCCCCCCCCCCAACAGUUGUUCUUUUGCUCCAUCCCCUAACAAGUUUUAAUGCAAUAUAUGCCUAGUAUAAUUUUAUAUAAAGUUUGUGAGGGGAGUUCAAAAUAAUGCAUUUUCUCUUUGCAAUGUGUUUUAACUGUCACACAUGUUGCAUAUUAGUUGCAAAUUAGGUAUUUUGAGGUCUGAAUUUUAGUAGCACAAUUUUUGUUGUUCAUUUUUAAUUUGUAGAUUGCAUUCCUUUUACAGUAACUUUAUUAGCAAGUAUCCUUAACUGCAGUUCUAUUUCUGCUGUUUAUAGGUGAUCUCAAAUUAAGAUUAUGACUUGGUUGGCUACAACUGCUCCUGCAAUUAUAUGAAUAAUUCUGGUUUUGUUAAAUUUUACAGAAAUAGUUGAAAUUAUUGAAAAAGCUGAAAUUAUUGAAAAAGAAAGAAACAAGUGCAAUUGCUUGUUAAAAUAUAGUGCAGGCACCCCAAACCUUUGGCCCUCCAGAAGUUUUGGACUACAGUUCCCAUCAUCCCUGACCACUGGUCCUGUUAGCUAGGGAUCAUGGGAGUUGUAGGCCAAAACAUCUGGAGGGCUGAAGGUUGGAGGUGCCUGAUACAGUGGAAUGUUGAGAAUGCUAGAGUUCUAAAAGCUAACCAAAUUCUCUAAAGAAGUGUCAUACAGUGUUGGUAUGCUAUCUAAGUUUGACCCACAAACACAAUAUUGUCCUAGAUGUGUUUUUUCUUUGCAAACACACAUUUGCACCUUGCAGAAUAGGAGAAGGAAUUUGAGAGGGAAGAUGGUGUUAAGUAUCUCAUUCCCCUACUUCUUCAGUCCAAUUUGCUCUUUUCUCACUCUUUUUCUGUGGAAGAGUGGAUCUUUAGGAGCCAAUGGAAGGUUACAUACAAAUGUAUAUAAUAAUUCCUAUAUUUCUUAACCCAGGUUCACUGAAAAAUGCUUGGAUUGGUGGUGGUUAGGCUUGAAUUCCUACAAGCUAUUUUUGCUUUCUUUAUUUCACUUUGUACUGUAGAAAAGCACUUUGUAGCUCUCAUUGUAUAAUUGUCAUAAACAAGUUAUUGUACUCUAUCCUAAGUAGUUAUUUGUUGCUGCAGCAGUUCUUGGCCUUGGCUAUUGCAUUGUUCUCUCCACUUUUUAUAGCUUGUGUAUUUAACGGGAGCUACUCCCAAGUAACUGUACUUAGGAUUUCAGCCUUCAGAAAACAUAUAUAGGUCUCCAGAGUCUCAGCUAAUAUUAAGAAGAUUGAUAUUAAAGUAUCUUAAAAGAUGUCAAUAAAAUGUCAAUGUGUUUCCUUGCUAUGAUACUGUUCUCACAUAACACAAAGCCAUGGUUUGUUUAACAGACCACGAGUUAGCUAUGAAUUGUCUCACAGGCGAUCAGACAAGUCCUAACUUAUUUCUCCCAAGUUUGUUUUGUUUUCUUGCUGCUGUUGCUUCAUGUUUCAUUAGCAUCUAGAAUGGGGGUUACCAAAAAAAAACAAAAAAGUUUAAGGAAGGGUGCCAGAUUCACAUGUAAUGCUAAUUAAUAUAAAUCAAGAUUCUAGCAUUAAGCAAGUGAUAGUUAAGCUGCUAGGUUUGAACCAUCAAACAAACCAUGGCUUAGUGUUAUGAUCAUAGCUAGCUGCCUUGGUCUCCUUUUUGGCAAGAUGUAGGAAAUAAUAAUAAUGUGUGAACCAGACUUAUGUGUACAGUGGUACCUCGGGUUACAUAUGCUUCAGGUUACAUACGCUUCAGGCUACAGACUCCAGAAAUAGUGCUUCAGGUUAAGUACUUUGCUUCAGGAUGAGAACAGAAAUCGUGCUCCAGCGGCGCGGCAGCAGCGGGAAGCCCCAUUAGCUAAAGUGGUGCUUCAGGUUAAGAACAGUUUCAGGUUAAGUACGGACCUCUGGAACGAAUUAAGUACUUAAUCCGAGGUGCCACUGUAGUGUCCUAGGGAUGGUGCAAUAAUUUUUUGUUUGUUUUGGGAAAAUGCACAAAAUAUUUCCUAGGAAAAACUUAACGACAAAAUUACCAUUAAAAUAGCACACUGUGCAUGUUAUGUGUGUAAUUAAGCAGCUGGUAUAUAUUACCCAGAGUCCUCUUUGGAUAACCGAGGAGGUUCUUGCAGUAUGCCUUGACAAGCUGGACAGACUUCUAGUUUAUCAACUGUGUACGUUUACCUAUUUUACACAUUUUUAACAUUGCAUGAAGUUAGUAAGAUGGCGAGCCAUCAUUCCCCCAUGCUUAAAUUUUAUAUUUUAAUUUCAUUUCUAUAAUUUAAUCAUGUUUUCAGAACUAGAUUUAAUGCACAGUUACCUCCUAAUAGAAAGCAUUUUAUUUUACAUGGCCCAUAUAUUCAGAAAUAGCUGGUUAUUUUUUGCGCAGGCUAACUAUGAUUUUAAUUUAACAUUUCUAGUGUAUAGUAAUAUCCUAUUAGAGUGGCCUUUCACAAUUGUGUAGCAAUAUUGGUUAUACAUGUAAGCGAUUUCAUAUAUAUAUAUAUAUAUAUAUAUAUAUAUAUAUAUUUAAGUUGCCAUUCCUACUAUUAUAGCCUAUCUUGUUUUCUUACUUUUGGCAUGAAACUUUCUCAAUAUGUGUUCAAAUAAUAAAAAUAAAUAAAUUCAUAAGCUACAAUGCAACAUAAAAGUUAUUUCAAGGUUCAGAAAACAGGGCCGCAACCAAUACUAUAGUUCCUCACCCUUGAAUUGGGUUUCAUUCCUGUGUUGAGAACUUAUUGUGGCCAAACUGAUUACAGCAUCAAUAGAGGUCACUCCUUUAUAUUGACAUCAUUUGAGCAUAACUUGGAUUGGUGUUAAUAUUGGAUAAGCUCAAAGGACUAACAAGCAAUUGGAUAUCCCAAUCUAUGAAACAAGCCAACAGUUUGGGUGACUUGUUCCUCAUUUUGAUUCUUACCUUAAUAGAUGGAAGACAGUACUACUAAUGACUAUGACUUCCCAUAAUUUAAUGUGGCAUUAUUUUAUAUUCUUUUGGGUUUAGAUUAUUAUUUGGAAAUCUAAGAAAUAGUCAUGGGCACCACAGAAUACUCAUUUCACAGAAGAAUAACUUUCCCAUAAGCCGGCAAAAAUCCUACACUCCCCUAAAGCAAAUAAAGCAGACCCCCCCCCAAAAAAAUGUAUGCAAAACAUUCACAAAAUAACAGAAAAUCCAAACAGCUUACUGUUUUUUCUGUGUUUUUUGUUUUUUUUAAUAUUAGUGUUGGUGUGUGCAGUGUUAUGUGUCUAAGGGUACUAUGGUGCCCCUGGGUGUCACUUUGAAAGUUAAGACCAACACUUUGAAUUGAAUUCUGAAACAUACCAGGAACUAGUAGAAUUCUUUCAAUACAGAUGAGAUAUGAUUUCUUUUAAGAGUCUAGCUGUGGUUCCUGAAGCGACUCAAGUAGCAUGUACAUUUAAAGCCUGUUGUAGUAAUCUAUCAUAGAAGUUACCAGGGUUAUGGAUAACAUUUGGCUUCAUGUGAUGUGAGAUACACCUUUACAACUAUCUUUUAAAAAUAGGCAGUCAUCUGAGAAAUAAUUUCUCUAGCUCCCACAUAUGGCAGUGGUACUUUGGGCUCUGUAAAGAUUCCUAUUCAUUUCCAACACCUAUUACUUCAUAUGAGGAUUAGGAGAUGUUACUUGCUAUUUGCAAGUGUCCUUUCAAGGUGGAGUGACAGUUUCAAAACAGGGCGGUCCCCCACACCUCCUCAUUCAGCUUCUUCAUACUUGAUUGGAGGAGUGCCUCAUGUGAUCUAUGGAAGGCUUAUACUGUAUUGCAUUUGUGAGGAAUGUUGUUAAUGGCUAUUUGAUAUACGUUUACAUUUGUAUUUGGGGAAAUACAAAGCAAAACAAAGAAUAGCCAGUUUAUUAUGAUAACAUUGCUGAUAGUGAAACUUUGACAUAAGUUUUAAAAAAUCAUAAAUGCCCACAGAUUCUCACAAAGGCAUGAAAAUGUAACUAAUAAAUACUUAGAUGUUUUGUAAGAUCAAAUGAGUUAGUAUUCAAUCUCUGGCAAAAGAAGCUGGAAUGGAAUUAAACUCUAGUUAUACUUUUAAAGUGUGUGGAAUUUGGAUGUUUGAUUUCUUACGUUGGUUUAUCAUGGCAAAUAAUGUUGUUUAUUUCCCCCCUUCCUUCUCUCACAUUUAGAAUGUAUGACACAAAACUAUCUUUUGGAAUAGAGAACUUCCAUAGGAUGAGCAUAUUUUAGAAAAAAUCCCCCAGGCAAUCUGUGGAGUACCAGCCACAUAUUGCCAGAAUGUGACUAAUCCCAACCCACCAUUACUUCUGUAUAAACCUGUCUUGCGCAGCAGUGGGUACAAAAGUGAUGCACUUAGGUUCCUGAUCCAAAAAACCAUCCAUUGACAGUUCACAACUUAUUUCCUCAUCUGACUUGGUGUAAAAAUGUAGUUAUCAAGUUUCUGCCAGCAACUGUUCUGCACAUUACUUCCAGGAGAAUAUUGUAGACUCUUGCUCUUGAAGGUGAUGAAGCAAACCUUACUUUAUCUAUACUCUACUUAGAAUACUGCAUAUUGAUGAAGGAUAUUAAAUGAAUUGAGAGGUAAAAAAAUCACAUGACUUUCAAGAACUGUAGCUUAUUAUUUCCAAACUUACACAAUUCUAGUGCGCACUGUGUACUUAGGUAGCCCCAUACUGGCUUAGUUCUAUGCCAUAGCCCUGUCCCGGGGCAUAGCACAAAUUUGUGGUGUUUGUGCUACCUGUGGUAUGUCUGAUAAAAGCAGGAAGUUGGUUAGUUAUGGUUUUGGCUACGCUGAAUACUGAAAAGAGGAGAUAGCCUUCUGCACGUUAUUGGGGUGAAUAUAUUGGAACCUGUUGUACUAGCAAUACAAGGAAUGCAGUGUUCUGUGACUUACACUGGUACCUCGAGUUACAAACGCCUCAGGUUACAAACGCUUCAGGUUACAAACUCCGCUAACCUGGAAGAGUUAUCUCAAGUUGAGAACUUUGCCCCAGGAUGAGAACGGAAAUCGUGUGCCAGCAGUGCAGCAGCAGCUAGAGGCCUCAUUAGCGUAAGCAUGCCUCUAGUUAAGAACAAUUUCAGGUCUUAACCUUAACAGUUUCAGGUCUUAACGGACCUCCGGAACGAAUUAAGUUCAUAGCUAGAGGCACCACUGUAUUUAUUUUAACUGUAGGUAGCAUGGAGGCUACCUUUGCUAAUUGGUGGUAAGGAAAACAGAAUCAAAACAAUCCAUUUACGGACAUGUGAAAAAAUAAUGCUUCCUCCUCAACUACCAAAUCUGUGAUUUAUGUAUAUUUCACACCACUUAGGAAAUGAUAGUGUCUUUGGCAAGAGUGUCUCUGGGAAUGGUCAUAUGAUAGUGAGAUUCUCUCUCUAAUGAGGCUACUUAUUAGAGGAAUUGCAGGGAAUUUUUGUGUCCUUGCAAAAGAUAUUGCUAGAGAUAUUGCUUUUCUGUUUGUGUGAGAGUCUGAGAGGCCAAAUGCCAUGUUUUUCUCCUGUAGUGAGAGGUUUUUGUUAGUUUAAGACUAUUAUAAAUGUAAUAGGGAGGUAAAAAUACUGUGUUUUGGUGAAUUGAACAAGUUCACUCUAGGGAAAAAGUGUGUAUAUAUACAUACACCCAAACCCAUACCCCCACACACUUACUAAGUAUCCAUGCUAACUGAUUGCUGUAACAAUUCAAGCAUGAUUGUGAUAAUAUAGAGCACUGCUUUUCAACUAGUGGAUUAUGUCAACUAGAUUAUCCACCUGCAUUUGAUGUCUUAAUAAAUACCAUCCUAAACUGUUAGAAGGCAUCCUGUGCCACAUGUGCCACUUGAGCCUUCAGUGAAAAUGAUGGUUCUAGUAGCAACCUCAGCCUUGGUCCUUGGUCAUUCUAAGGCAGUGUUGAAUCCCACUCAUCCAUGCUGAUGAACAUCUUACAAACUGUGCCAGUUUUGUCUGGAUUGAAUCUCAGUUUGUUUGCAUCCAGACACUGGUCUAUUCCCACCAGGCUCUGAAGAGAAUGUCAAAUGGAGCUUUGUGUCAUUUCCAAAUGGAUGACAAUACACUCCAACUCCUUGAACUACUUCGCUUAGCAGAUUCAAAUAGGUAUUUAACAUGGGGAUAAGAUGAAACCUUGUGGGAUCAUCAAAUAUGUUGUGGGAUAAAGCAGAAAUCCAGUGGGACCACGUUUUGGAAUUGGCCCUGAAGGUAAGUGCAGAACCAUCAUUAAAAAGUCGUCAUCCUCCAUACUCUUUUUUAACCUACACUGUUUGCAUACAGGAAAGAGUGAAUACUUUGAAGGUUGUCAUAUGCCAUGCCAUAUGGACAGUAAAUACACUGACUUUUUCUUAAUUCUGUUGUCUCUUUCCUACAGUAUCCUUGUUAAAAGAAAUGUAAAUUGCUUGAAAAUGAUGUCUGGCAUGCAUCAUGGACAUUAGCAAUGGUGACUAUUAAGCUUAGUGGAGCUACACUGGAAUUCCUCAAAGCUCAGAAGAGAAGUCCAUAUUCUAUUCAUUUUUGCAAUGGUAGGAAAUAAUUGAAAUAUAUUUGUUUAAAAUUAUUGUGCUUUCUUGUAUCAUUAAAUCUUUUAAAUGUUAUUGUAUUUAUUCUAAUGACCAGUUAGAUUUACUCUGAAGUCCAUGUAAACACCAUUUUGUGAUAGGAUAUAUAUACACCUGUCAACUUACAUAUACACACAGGUCCUGCUAUCCAAAUGUGUGUUAUACAAAAAUUCACUUAUCCAAACACAAGCAAUUAGUAUCCAAAACUUGCUGUACAUAUUUCAGAAUCAGAUAUACAAACAGCCAGACCUGCAUGCAAGACUGUAAGCAGUCUUAAACAAGAUUAACUUUUUGCAUUUUGCUGGUCCUCAAGCCAUUUCAGCAGAAACAAUGGUGGGAAGGAGAGAGGGGGAGAGCUCAGACAAAUAAGAGAGCAUUUUUUUCCUUCCUUGUUUGCAUUUUGCAAGUUUCAGAAUGUUUUCCUCUGUUUCCCCAGGUUUUCUUGUCAUUUGGGGCUCAAAAUUCAGUGGUUGGGGACACAUUAGAAAUUGUUGCAUAGGAAUCAAUUGACUCAUUAUGCGAACGCUCACCUAACAAACAAUUUCCUGAGAACGCAGUAUGUUCAGGUAGUGCAUGUAUAAAAAACGAAUGAAUAUUUAGUAUUAUGAAUUACUUUCUUCUCCUAUGUAUGGAUGAAUCUUUUGAAGUCUGAAACCAGACACCCAGGGAUGUGAUAUAUCCUCUAGUAUAGGCAUGUCCAACUCCCAAGAGAUUGUGAUCUAUUCCCAGUAUAAAAAAAAACUGGCAGUGAUCUACCUAUUGUCAUUGGAGGGAGGAAGAGCGUGCGUGGGGUGGGUGGAUUGCCCAGAGUUGUUGAGCUUUUUUUAGGAGGGAAGUUCCCAGCGUUGUUGAGCGUUUUAGGGGGAGGAUUGCACAGAGGUUUUCAGCUUUCCCCCCGUAACUUUUUGUACACAAUAAGGAUCCCAGGAUCAGCCAGCCAGAGAUCUACCGGUUGGACAUCCCUUCUCUAGUGAAUAUUUCUAAUUAUGAUAUUUUAUAAUUAGACAUUUUGUCUUGUUUUUAGGUUGUAGUUUUAUUUUGUGGUAUCUUGAUUUCUGUAAACUGCCUUUUGUACAUUUGUGGAAAAGUAGUGUAUAAAUUGUUAUAUAAUAAUAAUUAUAAUAUUGAAUUACCAUUGUCAACCAUUAGUAUAGGAUAAAUAAUUGUCUUCUGCAGUACUCCUAACUAUUUGGAACAUGUUAGGGGUCUGUGUAUAUAUAUUGGUGCAUGUGUAAUUGAAAUACAUGCAUGUUCCUCCCGCCUUUAACUCUGCCUCCAUUUCCUUGCCCUGUGUCAGGAGUUUACAUGAGUAAACUCAUCAUGUAUUUUGUAAAUCACUGUGUUAAUCAGUGACUCUACAGUGGUACCUCUGGUUGCGAACGGGAUCCGUUCCGGAGGCCCGUUCGCAACCUGAAAAGAGCGCAACCUGAAGCGCCGUAUCUGUGCAGGUGCGCGGUGUGCACAUGCCCGAGCGGCGAAACCCGGAAGUAACCCUUUCCGGUACUUCCGGGUCGCCGCGGGACACAACCUGAAAAGACGUAACCUGAAGCGUCCAUAGCAUGAGGUAUGAUUAUACAUGCCUCUGAAACUCAGGUGGCGAGUGCUGACAGAUACAGAGGCAACAUGGGUCCACUGAAAAACAAGUAGAAUAUUGGCAUGCUCAGGGGAACCAUGCAGAACUAAGGGGCAGAAAACUCCAACCCCAUGCUCAGAAACCAUUGGAAAUCGAGUACAGAAAUAUCUCUGUGAAUGUCCGCCCCAUCGUCAUCCAUUUCGGUAAAUGUCCGCGGAAAACCCAGAAGUACCGGAAUGGGUUACUUCUGGGUUUGCCGCUCGCACAUGUGCAGAAGCGCUAAAUCGCGCAGAAGCGUAAACCACUCCACGCGUAUGUGCAGAGCAGCACUUUGUCGAGCAUCCCUUUCGUGGAGCGUCCGGUGCUCUGGAACUGAUCCUGGACUCAAAGCAAGGUACCACUGUACCAGUUGGAAAAAUAAAAUGAGUGUGGGUGUAUGGUGGAGAAUAGGGCUAGGUGAUAUACCGUAUUUUUCGCCCUAUAGGAUGCACUUUUUCCCCUCCAAAAAUGAAGGGGAAAUGUGUGUGCGUCCUAUGGGGUGAAUGCAGGCUUUCGCUGAAGCCUGGAGAGUGAGAGGGGUCGGUGCGCACCGACCCCGCUCGCUCUCCAGGCUUCAGGAAGCUAUCUGCAAGCCUUUGGAGCCCGCGGGAGUUCCCGCCGGGCUCCCACGGCUUGCACAGAGCUGCCUCUAUCACGAAGCCUGGGCGCGCCCGGGCUUCGGGUAGCUCUCCGCAAGCUGUCGGAGCCCUCCCACGGCUUGCGGAGAGCAGCCUGUUCUGGGGGCUGGGGAAGCUCGGGCUUCCCCCGCCCCAGCCCCGCGCCUGGGGGGGAAAUAAUUUUUUUUCUUUAUUCCCCCCCCCCCCAAAACUAGGUGCGCCCUAUGGGGCGAAAAAUACGGUAUAUCAUUCAAAACCGGUUUGAAGUCUAUAUUGUUAUAUCAGUUUCAUAAUUUUUGACCCAGCAAUAUACCACAAAUCUGUGUGUGUGUGUGUGUGUGUGUGUGUGUGUGUACACACACACAUGCACUAUGCAAAAAUCACGAUGCAAGAAAAUCUUUAUUUCAGACAUGGUGAUACAUUGCGAUGUUGAAAACCAGAUAUUGCCCAGCUCUACUGUUUGCCUCUGCAUACUUCCAUCCUUAUUUCAGACAUUGUGAUGUAUCAGUAUACAGUGGUACCUCAGAACUCGAACGUAAUCCAUUCCAGAAGACUGUUCGACUUCUGAAACGUUUGAGUUUGAGGCGCAGCUUCCGAUUGAUCAACAGCUCUGUUUUUGCACAGUGGAAGCCGCGUCGGACUUCCAUGUUUCGAAGAACAUUUGAAAACUGGAGUACUUCCAGGUUUUCGGCGUUUGGGAGCCAAAAUGUUUGAGAACGGAGCCAUUUGAGUUGUGAGGUACCACUGUAUGAUGAUGUUUAGUUAGUGAUAUAUCAAAAUGUUGAAAACCAGAUAUUGCACAGGACUAGUGGAGAAGAGGAAUGCCCUGAGUUAGGAGCUCUUUGUAGCUUAUAGAAUCCUGGAGGAGGUCAUGCCUGCCUAGCAAGAACCCCUGCCUGGAUCAUUCCUGUUAGGAGACGAGGAUGCACUGAAAAAUUUGUUUCAGGUUUCACUUGUUUGCUGUAACUUAUAAUGCAAUCCAAUAUAAUCCAGAUAUUUCUCCAAUCUACACAGUGCCAUCAUUUACUUAAGGUUUAUCUUUGUUCUGUUUCAUUUUUAGUGGAAAUAGAAUCUCUUUUUAUACAAAUCUCAAGGAAAAUCCCCAAUGUAUGGGGUUGUUUGGAUCAUAAUUGAUAAUUGGUAUUGCCUGCUGUUUAACUCUAGUAUUUAAAGGCAUGGUAUGUUAAGAAGAAAGGCUGCAUUUCUUGCAUGAGAUUAGUCACUUUUUAGAAAGGAGUUACGUUGCCAGCAUUGUUAGACUGUGGCUGUUAAAAUUAUUUUGAGCUUUUCUGUACAAUGAAAAAUGUAUUGAACAGACUGAGUAUUCUGUAGAGAAGUUUUGCAAAUUAACAACUUCAGACAUAAGCUACACCCAGUUUCUGUAAUAGGCUGCCUGCUAUGCUUUAUAAUUCUGGGAGGUGGCACUAGUUACACGGAGCAGAGUGUGCUCCUGGGAACUGGAAGUUGUUGGAUGUGGUUUAUAUUGCUUUCUUAGCAUUAUUAUGUCACACUGCCCUGCUUUUUGUCUCUGGUACUAAUUGAAGACCUAGGCUGUGAUCCAGAGAGGUUUUUUUUGUGUGCAAGACAAUAGCUGCUCAUGCCUUUUUAUAUAUAGAAGUGCAGACCAUUGCAUAAGCCAGGGGUCAGCAAACUUUUUCAGCAGGGGGCCGUUCCACUGUCCCUCAGACCUUGGGGGGGGGGCCGGACUAUAUUUUUUUUGGGGGGGGGGGGAGAAAUGAAUGAAUUCCUAUGCCCCACAAAUAACCCAGAGAUGCAUUUUAAAUAAAAGCACACAUUCUACUCAUGUAAAAACAUGCUGAUUUCCAGCCUGUCCGCGGGCUAGAUUGAGGUGAUCGGGCCGCAUCAGGCCCCCGGGUCUUAGUUUGCCUACCCAUGGCAUAAGCCAUUGCACCACAUACAUAGGCUGCAUGAUUCUCUGCAUGUAAGAUUAUUACGGAAGCUACUUGUUCAAGGAAAAUAGUUGCUCUGCACGCAGGACAGAUUUUCCAGUUUACACCCAUAGCGGCAUAUGUAAUUGGCUUAUAAAUAAAUAAUAUUCCAGGGCUGGUGACUUAAAACCCUUCUGUCACCACUUUCUAUUUUAUUUUUAUCUAUAAUUUAAUUUAAGAACUAAGUCUUUUUGCAUCCCUCUGUUAUUAAAUGCUUGAGAUGCAUCUGCUUUGGAUACAUAGUAUUUUGAAAAUGAAUGGCUGAUUCAGAAGAUAGUAUUAACAAGAUUAUGUAAUUGAGAGAGCACUGUUGUAUCAAGCACACAAUUAUAUCUGUUCAGGGACAUAUACGUGUAGCACUUACCUCUGCACAGAUGUCUAGGGAUUUGUGCUUUUCUACAUUAUGAAAUGCAAAUAUGUAUGUACUGUACCUUGUUACCCAUGAUUGCUUAGAUUGCCAUGAUUGUGAUAGCUUCAGAAAGACUUUUAGCAGUCAUAGGAAUUACAUGCGACUGCUUGCUUAUGGAUUCAUAGGAAUCCACAUGCUGCUGCUUGCUAUACCAAGAACACCUGCAUGGAUAUAGUUAUUUCACAUCACAACAUAUCUGAACCAGCCCUUCAUAAAACAUAAUUGUGUGGAAUAUGAAUUAUUAUGGUAUAGUCAUAACUUUUUAUGAGAACUAGUUUUUAUUUUAAUUUGGUUAAUAUGUGCCAGUUUUCUGUCAUAGUGCUUCCCUAUAAAUUCCACAUCAUUUCUCUACUUGGGCAUUGUUCCUUAUGGACAGAAAGCAAUCCAAAACUUCAAAUUUAUCAGUUAUCUUUCAAACAGAAUGGAUUCUAAUAAAAGAAGAAAGCAGUUGGUUCUAAGGGCAGAACCUUCACAUGCUCUUUGCUGUGUAAUCUUGGAGUUGGUUAGUGCAUGUUGCUGAUAAUGCCACAUAUGGGACAGCUGCAUAUUCCUCAUUGCAGAGGGUUGGACUAGAUCAGGGAUAGUCAACCUUUUUAUACCUACCGCCCACUAAUUCAUCUUUCUUGAUGGUAAAAUUUCCUUACCAGUGAUUGAUGGAAGGAGGAUUCAGCUUGUGCCGUAGAACCCCCUACCACCCACCUAGAAUCCCGAAACACCUGCUAGUGGACAGUAGGGACCAGGUUGACAACCCCUGAACUAGAUGAUCAGGGUCUUUAAAAUGGGGUUUAACUUCAUUUUCAUACUAGUCUUUUCCACAUUUCCAAAACGGACUAUCAUGGGGAAUUAUGUCAUCUUUGGAGAUUUAUUUGAAUCUUUGUGGCCUGGCUUCUGCAAUGAAGAUCUUCAAGCUGGCUGAUGGUAUACGUGGUGAUGGUAUAUAGUCACCCCUCCCCAAUGCACACACAUCCCAGUUGUCCUUAGAGUGAUGGAUCAGGGUAGAUUAUACUUCCCUUUAGCCCUGCAGUUGCUGGACAACUGGCAAUUAUAAAGAGGAGUGAAGUGUUCUUCUGGCAGAGAAGCCAACACCAUGCAGGUGGCUGGGCCAGGCUUGUCUUCCCUGUGUCAUUACAUUUUUCAUGGAAUGCAUCAGUGGUUGUGGGACUGCAAAGGUUGGAAAGAUGUGACAUGAUAAAUCCAGAAAUCCAAUUCAGUUACAGCUUGAUUACUAAGGAUAGACCAUUUGAAGUAUACAACAAUUUAUUUUCUUGAUCAAAACAUCAUAGCAUUUGCUUAUUGCCAAACCCAGUAACUUUAGUUCAGAAUCCCUUGUUAAAUUUUAAUGAAUAAUGUAUGUUUUCAGUUUUAGGGACAAAUAAUAUUCCCCAUUGUGGUUAGACUCCAUGUAGCAGGGAUGGGGACCUGUAGCCCUCCAGAUGUUGUUGAACUCUCACCAGUUCCAGUUAAUGUAAUAGUCCAGCAACAUUUGGAGGGCCAUUUGUUGUCCAUCCCUGCCGUAUAGUAUGCUUCGUGCACCAGACAUUUAGGAUUAUCUCAUCUGGGCUUUGCUUCCUUGAAAUCAUGGCUUUCUGGAAGAUAGGAAAACAAACAUUUCAUCCUCCCAAAUAAAAUAUUUGCAUUAAGUAUUUCAGAUUUUGCUUUUGAAGCAUGUUUACAUUGAUGAGCAGAAUACUCCUUUAAAACACCUCACUAAACUGGAUAAUUUGAAACAAAUGUUCCUUUCAUUUGCAAGGAGUUACAUUAGUUGUUUUCUUUGCAUUCAUAUACAAGGUGUUGUUGUUUUUUUGUAGGGCCUACUUUGUUUCCACUAAAAGGACAUAAUUUAUCACAGUUUUUUCUCCUGAAAAAGGGUAUGAGAGUAGUUGUAUCACAUAGAUCAGGGGUCUGCAACCUGCGGCUCCGGAGCCGCAUGUGGCUCUUUUACACCUUUGCCGCGGCUCCGGGGCAGAUACUAGCGAGGGGAGGAGGCGCAUUGUGCGCCCCGACACUCCCCACUGUGGCGGGCGCUGUACUGGCUGUGACGUCGCAUGGGGGCGGUGCGUGCGUUAGUCACGCACCGUCCCGACGUCACCUUCCCGCCCACCCACCCGCUACAUUGUAAAGGGCAUGUACACUUGUCACUGCAUUGAAAGGGGGCAUGUACGCUGGUCACUGUUUUGAAGGGGAAUGAAGAACACACACACAAAAACAGGUAACUUGUUAAUUUAACGUUUAUUUCUAUGAGGAGGAGUAAUUCUGAGGGUCAAACAAAGAAAUAAUAAAAAAAAGUGACAAAAAAGUUAUUUUUAUAAUGACGAGUUUUGCGGCUCCCAUGUUUUUUUUCUUCGGAAACGGGUCCAAGUGGCUCUUUUUGUCUUAAAGGUUGCAGACCCCUGACAUAGAUCAAAAUCAUGAGCCUCAACUUUUGUUUUCCCAGCAGUCCAUCUCUUUAAUGGAAAAAAAUAGGAAAUGGCUUUAAAGCUUGGACAAUUUUUACAAUUUAGAAGUGGGUAUAAUUUAUUUUACAUUAGAAUUUGGUUUUGUUUAUGUCUGUGUACAGAUCCAUGAUCCACGUUCCCUAAAUUUAUAAGUUACUUCCACUAUUAUCCCAAAAUUCUUAUAAUUCUAGUAUUUAUAAGUGGUUUAGGGAGCCUCUCUGUUGCUUAAUAUGUUUAUAUUAUUUAGCUUAUAAAACCUUCUGAAAAUGAAGAGAGACUACCAUCUUAUUCCAUAAGAUAUCGACGUCACUGGAGUUUAGAAUCCCGUCCUAGUUUCUCCUAGGUUUUUUUUUUAAAAAAAAUCUUGAUGUUCCAUUUGAUUAUGAUUGUGUCUUAUCCUGCUAAAUGAUUUCAUCCAUUAACUUUGGUUUUUAGUGCAGUUGAUUUGUACAUGAGACUCAAUCAAUUAAGUACAUCUUGAUAUCUAUCAGUUUUAACUUAGAGUGAAACUGUGGUAUAAAAUAGUAACUGUCCAGUCUUGUACAGGAUUACCCUGAAGCAAGUUUCACUAAGUUUAAUGAGGCUUAUUGCUGAGUAAAUGUGCAUAAUUUUUUUUAGCUCCAUUUGCUUUAUUUUUCCACUGUCUUUAUUUCUAGUUUCUUUAUUUCUAGUUUCAGUAGACAAGUUUUGAAUUAGAGGCAUAUAUGAUCUUCUACUCAUUCACUGUUGACUUUUGUUUUUGUCAGCAGCUCCUCCUGACACAAGCAUUAAUUCAGUUUUCCAAGGAUUGACCUUGGCACAAGGAAGAGAAGUGAUAGCAUAUCCCACAUGGUCUUAGGCUUCUUAUAUUACACCAGUGGCAUAGGACUCAUAGGCACAGGGAGUCACAUGCCACUGAGUUAACAUAAGGACCAAGCAUAGGAGAGAUGACUGUUAGGUUCUGUUUUAAGAACCCACCAGGUCUUUGUCAGGAAUCAUGUAGUCCAGUUCCAACAUACUUGAAGCCUGGGAAUUUUUAUCCCCAAAGGUAAAACCUGAUGCAACUUUUAGGGAUGAUGAUAGACCCUAUCAUUAGUGGACGAGAUUCUAGUUGUGAAUAAAGUGAAGAAUUGUGAAAUAUAUUCCUGUACAUUUUUAAAAGCUUAGCAUUAGCAGUGAAUUCAAGCAGACUGUCUUUGAUUAGACAAAUUUAUAUCCAAAUGCUUAUUUCCUUUACUUGGUCCAGAGUGCAUUGGUUGACUCAGUGCUGAGCCAUAAGGGUAGACAACUUUUAUGGGUUGUUGUUUUUUUCUACAGUCAAAUGAUGAAAGCCAUCACUGUGGUUUUGCUUGAAAUGAACAAAUUGUCUUGGGAGAUGAGUACAAUAAUUGACUUUCGUCUUAAAGUGUGUGCUGAAAUGAUAAGCAUGUUUGCAACAUGCCUCUGAACAAAAUUUUCAACUCCUGCUUUAGUCGUAGGAUAUCCUUUGGGGUUAUGAGUGUAGAAGUAGAUGAUUCACUGCUUGAGUUGUAGUUUUUUAGUCCUUUUUUGAAUUAUAAAUUGAAAAAUACUGUUGAAAUUAGAUAGAACCUUUUUGUAUGUUCUCUUAAAUGCAUUAGAAAUCCUUCCUGUUCAUUUAAUGCCAGAAACAAUGGUUUAUGUAACUUUUCUGUUUGGCUUAACUGAAAGAAAAUGAUUUUCAUUUUAUAAACCUGCUUUAGUGUCAAAACCUUUUUCUGACCCUCUGUUAUAUAAAUAGUAGUGUCAAUAUUGAGCAGUUAGUGUUAACAUAUGCUAAGAAAUUUAGAUGAUUGCCCUGCUGUCACAAGGAAACUACCAUAAUAGAGAUCCUUAUUUAGUCAUAAAAUUGAAAUGCUAGCAUAUUUUCUACUACAGACAAUGCUUUUUCUCAUUGUUUUAUUUACCUUUCUUUGAAGGUUUCGGAAUGAGUGGAUCAUGAGGAACAUACUUUAG